CCGGGCUGGGAGGCAGCGGCGCAGGCGGAGCGGAGCGGAGCGGGGCUCGGCUCGCUGCUGCUGCUGCUCUCGCUCCCCGCCGCCGCCGCACCCGCCUGCGGCCGCGGCCAUGGGCGUCCCGGGCCGCCCGCUUUGUGCCGCCGCCGCCCCUCCGGGCCGCCGCCGCCGCUGAGCCGCAUGGGCCGGGCCCCGCGCCGCCCCGGGCCGCCGCCUCCGCUCCGCGCGGCCGAACAAACUCGUUCACCUUGGAGCUACAAAUAUUAGUGAUUCGAGAUUGGCGCUGAUCCUCCACUGUUCCCACGCAAGCAAGGACCAGAAAAAUGAAUAUCCAGGGGAAAGGCUUCCCUUUGGACCUGGGAGGAAGCUUCACUGAAGAUGCUCCAAGGCCACCGGUUCCUGGUGAGGAGGGGGAGCUCGUGUCCACAGACCCAAGGCCGGUUAGCCACGGUUUCUACUCUGGUAAAAGUGACGUGGUCAGAAAUGAGACGUCCACGGCAACACCGAGACGCUCCGAUCUGGAUUUGGGGUACGAGCCCGAGGGGAGUGCUUCGCCAACUCCACCCUACCUGAAGUGGGCCGAGUCACUGCACUCCUUGCUGGAUGAUCAAGAUGGCAUCAACCUCUUCAGGACUUUCCUGAAACAGGAGGACUGUGCGGAUCUGCUGGACUUUUGGUUUGCCUGCAGUGGCUUCAGGAAGCUGGAGCCAUGUGUGUCUAAUGAGGAAAAAAGACUCAAGCUGGCAAAAGCCAUUUACAAAAAAUACAUCCUCGACAACAAUGGCAUUGUGUCCCGGCAGAUCAAACCGGCCACAAAAAGCUUCAUCAAAGACUGUGUCAUGAAACUGCAGAUUGACCCUGACAUGUUUGACCAGGCCCAAACGGAGAUUCAGUGCAUGAUAGAAGACAAUACCUACCCUUUGUUCCUUAAGUCGGAUAUUUAUUUGGAAUACACAAGGACAGGUGGGGAAAGUCCGAAAAUUUAUAGCGAUCCGAGCUCGGGGUCUGGGACAGGUAAAGGGCUACCUGGUUAUCUGCCAACUCUGAACGAGGAUGAGGAGUGGAAGUGUGACCAAGAGGCCGAGCCGGAGGCCAGCAGGGACUCGGCACCUUCCAGCAGGCUCACGCAGAAGCUGCUUCUGGAGACGGCCACGCAACGCGCGGCCUCGGCCCGGCGCUACAGCGAGGGCAGGGAGUUCAGGCAUGGGUCAUGGAGAGAGCCUGUUAACCCCUACUAUGUCAACACAGGCUAUGCUUUGGCCCCAGCCACCAGUGCCAACGACAGCGAGCAGCAGAGCAUGUCCAGCGACGCCGACACCAUGUCGCUGACAGACAGCAGCGUAGAUGGGAUCCCACCGUACAGACUCCGAAAGCAGCAUCGCAGAGAGAUGCAAGAAAGUGCCAAAGCAAAUGGACGCGUGCCACUACCUCACAUUCCUCGUACCUACCGAAUGCCAAAGGAUAUCCACGUGGAACCAGAGAAGUUUGCUGCAGAGCUGAUCAACCGUUUGGAGGAAGUACAGAAGGAACGUGAAGCGGAGGAGAAGUUAGAGGAGCGCCUUAAACGCGUUCGAGCGGAAGAAGAAGGUGAGGAUGCAGAUAUCUCUUCUGGUCCCUCGGUCAUGAGCCACAAGAUGCCUUCUGCCCAAGCCUUCCAUCACUUUGCUCCUCGUUAUGCUGAGAUGGGCUGUGCUGGGAUGCAGAUGAGAGAUGCCCACGAAGAAAACCCCGAAAGCAUCCUGGAUGAACACGUGCAGCGUGUGAUGAAAACUCCAGGCUGCCAAUCUCCAGGACCUGGCCGUCACUCUCCUAAGCCACGCUCCCCGGAGAGCGGCCACUUGGGAAAGCUGUCAGGGACACUAGGAACAAUUCCUCCAGGGCAUGGCAAGCACGCAACAAAAUCAGGAAUGAAACUGGAUGCAGCUAACUUAUAUCACCAUAAACAUGUCUACCACCACAUCCAUCACCACAGCAUGAUGAAACCAAAAGAGCAGAUCGAGGCUGAGGCCACGCAGCGAGUGCAGAACAGCUUUGCUUGGAAUGUAGAUUCACAUAACUAUGCAACAAAGUCCCGAAACUACAGUGAAAACUUGGGCAUGGCCCCUGUCCCCGUGGACUCUUUAGGCUACAGUGGGAAGGCAAAUCUGCUCUCAAAAAGGAAUGUUAAGAAGACCGAUUCAGGGAAAAGUGAUGGUGCCAACUAUGAGAUGCCAGGAUCUCCUGAAGAUGUGGAGAAAAACCAGAAGAUCCUUCAGUGGAUCAUAGAAGGAGAGAAGGAGAUCAGCAGGCAUAAGAAAACAAACCAUGGCUCUUCAGGUGCUAAGAAGCAGCUGCCCCACGACAUGAUCCGGUCCCUCUCCAUCGAGCGACCGGUGACGGUGCACCCGUGGGUCAGCGCCCAGCUCCGAAACGUCGUCCAGCCUUCUCACCCCUUCAUUCAAGAUCCUACCAUGCCACCCAACCCAGCCCCCAACCCUCUCACCCAGCUGGAGGAAGCUCGCAGGAGGUUGGAAGAGGAGGAAAAAAGGGCUGGAAAACUCCCCCUUAAGCAAAGGUUGAAGGCCCAGAAGAGGCCGGGCAGCGGCGCGUCCCAGCCCUGCGAGAACAUCGUGGUCGCGUAUUACUUCUGCGGGGAGCCCAUCCCCUACCGCACCCUCGUCAAGGGGCGCGUGGUGACGCUGGGACAGUUCAAGGAGCUGCUGACCAAGAAAGGGAACUACAGGUAUUACUUUAAGAAAGUGAGCGAUGAGUUUGACUGUGGUGUGGUCUUCGAAGAGGUGCGGGAGGAUGACACCAUCCUGCCCAUCUUCGAAGAGAAGAUCAUCGGGAAGGUGGAGAAGAUUGAUUAGGCUCCAGGGCAGCGAGGACAGGACUGUGAAGGACUCUGGGACCGGAGGAGAAGGCCUGGGGCGGACGCUGGCGGUGCUGCCACCACGGGCACCGGGCGAGCCCAGGGCAGAGAGCAGCGGCUCUGCUUUCCAGCACGGAUCUGGGCAAGCUCCAGGAUGCCGGUGGAUGCCCUUUCACCCCACAAACCUGCCAGUGGGAGCCUGGGCUCCCUCUCCAUACCGAAUAUAAGUGUAAUGUAGCAUUGUACAGUGCAUUAGAAAGUGUAAUAUGACCUUGUUUACUAAAGCUGCAUAUUUUUGAUAUAUUGUAAUAAAAGGAAAAUAUUUCCAAUGUCA